AUGAAUAAUGACGCGUUUGAAGCCGGAGACCUUGACUACGAUGACGGUGAUGAUGGCCCCGAUGGAGAUGAUGGAGACGAUGAUCAGUUUGAUGAUGCAGUUCUGGAUGAGCUAGAUAGAGAUGCCCUUGGAGGUGGAAUUGACCAAACUUGCUAUGAAAACGACAUUGUGGACGACAUUGAUGCCAUGGAUGCAGAGCUUUUUGAACAAAUGAACUUGUACGGUCAAGGAUUGACCUCUUCCUACGGUGAUGAAGGAUUUGAAUGGGUCGGUCCUGCUAGUGAUCUCAUGAUAAUCUAUUUUUGA